AGAAACCAGAGCAGUGACACGUGACCGACCUCCGCUACUGUGAUUGGUUGAGAGGACGUUAACGUAGAAGAGGAGUCGGGAUAGCUGACAACAAGUUGGCUGUGUUUAUGCUAAAGGUUCAACAAUGCUGCUCAACAAGGUGUUCAGAGCCAGUCUUCGGUCUGGGAUUCGUCUGCAGAGCUCCAGUGCUACUGCAGCCAAAGCACCUUCCAGCAGCCAUGCAGGACCCCCUGGCUUCUCUUUCGAAAUGACGGAUCAGCAGAAGGAGUUCCAGCAGCUGGCGAGGAGGUUUGCUCGUGAAGAGAUGAUCCCUGUUGCAGCUGCUUAUGACAGGAGUGCUGAAUAUCCAUUCCCCAUCAUCAAGAAGGCCUGGGAGCUCGGGUUGGUGAAUGGUCACAUUCCACAGGAAUAUGGUGGGAUGGGUCUGUCGAUCUUUGACGCCUGCCUGAUCACAGAGGAGCUGGCUUACGCCUGCACAGGAAUGCAGACGGCCAUGGAGGCAAACUCUCUGGGACAAAUGCCUGUUAUUCUUGCUGGAAAUGAAGCCCAGAAGAAGAAAUACCUGGGAAGGAUGACGGAGGAGCCGCUGAUGUGUGCGUACUGUGUCACUGAGCCCGGAGCCGGUUCUGAUGUGGCCGGUUUAAAGACCCGAGCAGUGAAGAUUGGAGACGAGUACGUCGUUAACGGACAGAAGAUGUGGAUCACCAACGGAGGGAAGGCUAACUGGUACUUCCUCCUUGCUCGCACCAAUCCUGAUCCCAAAUGUUCAGCUAGCAAAGCUUUCACCGGCUUCAUUGUGGAUGCAGAUACUCCAGGGAUUCAGCUCGGAAGGAAGGAGAUGAAUAUGGGCCAGAGGUGCUCCGACACCAGAGGCAUUACAUUUGAAGAAGUCAGGAUACCGAAGGAGAACGUCCUGAUCGCAGAGGGAGCAGGAUUCAAAAUCGCUAUGGGUGCCUUCGACAACACCAGGCCACCAGUGGCAGCAGGAGCAACAGGCCUGGCACAGAGGGCUCUCGAUGAAGCCACAAACUACGCCCUGGAGAGGAAGACCUUUGGCAAAGUUAUUGCUGAGCACCAGGCCGUGUCGUUCCUCUUGGCCGAGAUGGCAAUGAAGGUGGAGCUGGCUAGGAUGGCGUACCAGCGAUCAGCUUGGGAAGUGGAUCAAGGCCGCAGGAACACCUACUACGCCUCCAUUGCCAAGGCCUUCGCCGGAGACAUCGCCAAUCAGGUGGCUACUGACGCCGUUCAGGUCUUUGGAGGCAACGGCUUCAACAGCGAGUACCCGGUGGAGAAGCUGAUGAGGGACGCAAAGAUCUACCAGAUCUACGAAGGAACAGCUCAAAUCCAAAGGCUCAUUAUUGCCAGAGAACAUCUGGGAAAGUUCAAGAAAUGAACCGUUCCCUGAUCCGUCCUCAUUUACAGUAAUUUACUGUUAACUUCUGUAGCUCUUGUACAUAAAGGUUCUGUAAAAAUAGAUCGGGCCGCUUAUUCAGGAUGCAGCUCCAAUGUUUUCUGCCUUAACAGGUGGUUCAGAUUGAUGAUCUGAAUGACGAGGUCAUGAUUCUUAUGGUUUGAUUCAGAUCAUAUAAUAAAACUUUUAUCAGCUCAACACGACAUGAAUAGUUUUUGUGCCCAAAUGAAAACGUUUCACUGUAAGGAGCAUCAUUUCUCUUGUGAACUGUUUAGACUGCUUGUCUUUUAUUAUAGCUUCAGAAAUACAUUUUAAGCAAUAAUCAAUGAUUGUCUGUAAACUUAAACUAAAGUUAUUCUACAGUUAAAUUUCAGUGACUCUUUAAGAUGAUGGUCUUGCCAAUUUUUUUGCCUUAUUCUGCCUCAAACAUCUCACUGACUUUGUUCACAUCUCUAAAAGAUCAAAUUUGUAAAAUAACUUUAAACUUGAACAGAAUGUGUAGAAAGAUGUUUAGAAGUGCAUGAUGUCUAAAUGCUGUUUAUAUCUUUAUAUUCUGCCCGUUUUGCAUUCAAAAUGAGAUUAAAACUGUUUUACAGUAAGACUUCAGUCAUGUUGGACUGUAAGAGUUUCUUCAGAAACCUGAAUGCCAUCAACUCAUUAAACUAUUAUACUUGUGCUCAGAGGUUCUGAUGGGUUUCUGGUUCUUUUAUAUUUAUGAAAUGAGUGUUUUUAUUUUUAAGAGAUUUGAUCAAUUUAAGAAAAGUGUUCACUGUUUCCUCUAAUGUCUUUGAUAGAGAAUGUUUUUGUUAAACUUUAAUACACUUAAUUCUUUAAACUAAAACUAAAUUCAUUAUUUAGGAGGUUGAUAUGAUUUAAUAUGGAAAUCAAGAAAAGUUCAUUUCAUUUUAAGCACAUUGUAUUUUCGACUGUUUUCCUCUAUCGGCUCAUUUUGUCUAAUUGAUCACAAUUAUUAGUAUGAAAAUGGCCAUUGUGUAUAUACAAAAUAAAUAUUGAAAGUAAAAUGAG